AUGGAUGUGUGGAUGGGUGGAUUGUUGGCUGGGUUGAUGGAUAGAUGGGUGGAUACAUGGACGGAUGGAUGGGUGGAUAAAUGAAUGGAUUUUUUGGAUGGAUGCAUGGUUGGAUGGAUGCAUGGAUAGGUUGAUGGAUGCAAGGAUAGAUGGAUGGAUGGCUGAAUGGAUGGAUGGAUGCAUCCGUGCAUGCAUGCGUAGAUGGAUGGAUCGAUGAGUGGAUGACGGAUGGAUGGAUGGAUGGAUGGAUGGAUGGAUGGAUGGAUAGAUGGAUAAAUGGAUGGGUGAGUGGGUAUGUGGAUGGGUAG